CCCACGUUGCUGCUGAGAUUGAAAUGCAGAACUCAAGCCUCUUUCAUCGGGGCACAGACUUCCUUUUACUCCUUCCUUUUGCACUCGUGCCGCCUCCUCCCGGGAAGAAGCUGAGACGCCAGCAGCCCGGAGCAGCGACAAGCCGGGCCACUGAGGCCGGGAGAAAACCUUCUUUCUGGGAGUGCGGAACUGGAGCCGGGUUGGUGUACUGCUCGGAGCAAUGGAGCCAGCCUUCGGGGAGGUGAACCAGCUGGGAGGAGUGUUCGUGAACGGAAGGCCGCUGCCCAACGCCAUCCGGCUUCGCAUCGUGGAACUGGCCCAACUGGGCAUCCGACCGUGUGACAUCAGCCGCCAGCUCCGGGUCUCGCACGGCUGCGUCAGCAAGAUCUUGGCGCGCUACAACGAGACAGGCUCGAUCUUGCCAGGAGCCAUUGGGGGCAGCAAGCCCCGGGUCACCACCCCCACUGUGGUGAAGCACAUCCGGACCUACAAGCAGAGGGACCCGGGCAUCUUCGCCUGGGAGAUCCGCGACCGCCUGCUGGCCGACGGCGUGUGUGACAAGUACAACGUGCCCUCGGUGAGUUCCAUCAGUCGCAUUCUGCGCAACAAGAUCGGCAACUUGGCCCAGCAAAGCCACUACGAUUCGUACAAGCAGCACCAGCCGGCGCCACAGCCUGCGCUCCCCUACAACCACAUCUACUCGUAUCCUAGUCCCAUCACGGCGGCGGCGGCCAAGGUGCCCACGCCUCCCGGGGUGCCCGCCAUCCCUGGUUCGGUGGCCAUGCCGCGCACCUGGCCUUCCUCGCACUCUGUCACCGACAUCCUAGGCAUCCGUUCCAUCACCGACCAAGGAGUGAGCGACAGCUCCCCCUACCAUAGCCCCAAGGUGGAGGAGUGGAGCAGCCUGGGCCGCAGCAACUUCCCAGCCGCAGCCCCGCACGCGGUGAACGGGCUGGAGAAGGGAGCCUUGGAGCAAGAAGCCAAGUACGGUCAGGCACCAAAUGGUCUCCCAGCUGUGAGCAGUUUUGUGUCGGCAUCCAGCAUGGCUCCUUACCCUGCCCCAGCCCAAGUGUCGCCUUACAUGACCUACAGCGCUGCUCCUUCCGGUUACGUAGCUGGACAUGGGUGGCAACACGCCGGCAGCACCCCACUGUCCCCCCACAACUGUGACAUUCCCGCGUCGCUGGCGUUCAAGGGAAUGCAGGCAGCCAGAGAAGGUAGUCAUUCUGUCACCGCUUCCGCACUCUGAUGGGCGAUUCCGUCUCCAGCAGCUACAUUCGGGGCUCCCCCUCUCAGCAAAGCCUCCCCCUGCUCCCAGGUUUCUCAUCCCAUCCCUCCUGCCCUCCAAUCCCCCUUCCUCGAGAGCUGGCUUGACGGACUCACAUCCUUUGUGCUGAUGACACUUAAGUAUUUCUUGCCAUCACUUCUUUCUUGCAGAAAACCUGACAUGACUUUAGGAUUUAAAAACAAAAGCAACGUUAAGGAUUGAAUGAAACGUUUGUGUUGCCCACACACUGUUUUAAGGUAGUGAAGAAACCUACACCCCUCAAAGGGCUUAAGGAACUUUUAAAACUAGUCUUUGGUAAAACCACACGUUUAUAUUUAUUUCUAAAGCAACCUGAAUUUUUGAAACGUGCAAUUGUUGAGAUUUUGCAAAAUCAAUAAAAGAAAACACAUGUAGGAAAAAAAGUUAUGUUAUGACCUCUAAUCAAACUAGGCGACCAAGUAAGCCUUAAUUCAUCAUUAGGAAGCCAAUCAAUAAUUGACUUGUUUGAGUGAUCCUUUGUCUAUUUUUAAGAGAUGACCUAUUUUGUUUUAAAAUAUGUGUAGAAUUCAAAACAACUCCUCUAUUUAGCUCCUCCCGGUGUUUUGAUGUGGCUCCAAAUGCAGUAAUGUUUAUGUUUUCUAUUGGUUUGUAAAUAUGGACUCUGGAUGGUGCAUUUGUGUCUUCAUUCUGUGGGGUAUCCCCUGGCCUUCAACCCCACCCCCUCUCUGUUUUUUUUUUCUUUCUUUUUUCCCUGCAAAGGUGACUUUCUGGCAACGUCUUUAUCUCUGUUUGGUGGUGGGCUGCUCGGGCUCCUGGACCUGGACUUGGCCCCAAAUUUUGCGUGUGCAGUGAAGGCUUCAGCAUCUUAUGAAGGAAACUUUCUUUCUACAGCAGAGGACUCAAAAAGCAGAUAAAGCAAGCCAGUCUCCUAUUUUGUACCCUAAUCAAACAACACACAUGCCAAGCAUAUAAAGACAAGAGGGUGGAAAAUAUCUGAACAAGAAGGCUCUAAAGGAAGUCACUCAGAAACAAGUUUAAUGUGAAAUGUUUUGCAAAGACACUAAUGAACUUUCUGUUAAGAAAACCACUGUGAAACUAAAUUGUACUGUUAUUGUUGGCUUACCUGUGUGUUCAGCAGUCUCAGCCCAAAAUUAUGUUGUAACUUAAAGAAAAUGGAAAAUUCUGCUCUAAUGAAUGUAACAAUGGCUUGCUGUGAAGUUUACAUUGUUGUACAGAAGCAUGUUUCACAUGUAGGUAAACUGGUGGUGGUAUUAGAAAUACAAAUACUAUUUAAUUUUAACAAAUUCCCUUUAUUCAUUUCUAGAAUUACAGGACACAGAUCGACAAAUCUUUCUCGACCAACUUCUUUUUCACUUUAAUGUUAAUAAUAGAGCUGUGGAAUAUAUGUGUGUGAGCAUGUGACUAUGUGUUAUAUUUUUAAACAAUUGAUUUUCUCGGGCAAAAUUCUAGUUUUUAUCUCUUCUAUUUAGGAAGUUCUUCCUGCUUGACAAUAUAGGCUUAAAAACACAUUUUAAGGACAUCAGUACAAUUCAUCUAUUGGAAAAUUAAUAUAUUUUAGGGAAUUUUUUGGUAGUAAUUCUGUGCAAUAACUAAAGGGGCACCUCACUCAAUGUGGAUGUUAAAGAUGCAUUUGUUAGGUGAUUCUGACUUCUUUGUAUCUGUGCUGUGCACAGCGACAUGGCGAUCCAGUUCUGCCACAUAGGUUUCACGGCUUCCUUUAAAACUCAGAUGGCUAGAUCAGCUAGUUUUCCAAACUGCCAGGAUAUAAACAGUAAGUAGAUUUCUGACACAUACAUUAUGUUGGAAAAACUGCUUUUUUUCAAAAGCAGAUAUUUUAUAGACACUCUGAACUGCAUUUAUUUCUAAAGCAACUGAGCUUCAGUGUGACAAGUAGAGGAUUAUAACUCCAGGAGAAGAAUAAGCAGAAGGAGCAGAUGAACUCUCAGGGCCAUAGUCUUCCUAUCAUCUUGUAAAACUCCCAUUGACAUCUGGAGUUCCCAGUCUGGUGAGAAAAUAGACUAUAAACCGAAUGGAACAAAGAUCCAAACCCAUAUUUUGGUGGAGACUUUAAAACCAUACCAUACAGUGACUCGCCUGACAUCCAGCAAAACUGACAUAAGGUACAGAAUUAUUCUUUAUCAAAUAUUUUCAAGUGGCUAUGAGGGGGGUCUUUAAAAAAAUAUCAGUUGUUUGUAUAGAAACACAACUAAAUGUUAUUUUCUUUAUCUAAAUUAAGAAAUCUCUUAUCAUUAUUUAUAAAAUUUUUUGGUUCUUGUAUUUUAAAAAAUCUAAUAUUAAUGAUAUCAAUGUUUUCUUUUUUCCUUUCGUUUCUCUUCCCAGGGCUUAUUUUAACAGUUAAUUCACAGGGAAUAAUUUUAAAAAGACAAUAAAAAGCCCAAAUACAAUUUGCUAUUCAAAGCAAAUUAUGUCUUGAAGCCAAUUUUAAAACUAUGAGAAGGAAAAUGGGAUGGGAUAUGGGAUCCGGACUGUUUGAUUUUUAAACAUUACUGUUUUGGUUAAUGUUGACACAUUUCCUCUGUUUCUUCAGGGCUGAUGUGUAGUUUUUGAAUUGAAAAAUGCACUCUUCAAAAAUCCUUUUCUGUCUCCUCCACAAGGAGAGGUGAAAGGUUGAAUCUCAUGGCCUCUAUGCAUACAGUGCUCUCACACGACAGUGUUACCUGCAAGGAUAGAAGGCAGUUGUGCAACACAGACACAUUCUUAUUUCUGUUGGUUUUCUGUUUUUAAUGACCCACUUAUUGACUAUUGGGCUGAAAUAUAAAUUUAAAAAAACACGUUGGAAAGGAUGUACAGUAGAAGGCUGUGUAUGUAUAUACAGUAUGUUAAAAAGCCUUUUAUUUUUAUACUUCAAAUGCUCUAAAUUAAUAAAAACUAAUAAUUACCAUGUAAUCUUUACUUUUUAUUUUCAACAUGCCUUAGUAAAGUGGCCUGACAGUAAAAAUAUCCCAGAGUAAUGGUCAAGAACAUGUGUCCUCUAGAACAUGCAGAUAUUUUUGUAGACUUUAGCUACUGAAGUAGCAUCAUUUCAUAACUAAUUGACUUUAGUUACAUUAAGACCAAACAGCUAGUUUUUAGAGUGCAUGUCGGUACAGGAAUCUUUGGAAAAGCUAAGAAUGUUCUUCUAUUUUGAAACAUUUUUCUUUAUCAUACAUAUUUUAAUAUUAUAGACAGUAUAUUUCACACCUGAAGCUGUCACUUAAAACCAGUAACUUGGAAAUAUAAUUUUAGCCUAUAGAUUCUUCUUAAGAACUACAUGGGUAAAAGAUUUAUACAAAGGUGCUGGAGAUUUAGCUCAGUGGUGCCGACACCCACCAUGCAAGCACAAGGUCCAGAGUUUGAUCCCUGGUACCAAAAAGAUUUAUACAAAGGUAUUUGGAUUCAAAUGCAGAGGGCACAAAUGGGCUCAAGGAGUGCUUCCAAUUUGUGAUUUAAAAUGAAAACACCUCAGAAAUAAAAUUUGUCUUCAAAGUGAACCAUGUAAGGGAAAAUGUUUAAUAUAAUUUCUUGUAUUCUAUUUGUAAUCAAAGACUUCAGAUAUCAUAGUUUAAAAAUACCAAUUUAACCAUGUGAAAUACAAAGUGAACUUAAGAAAAUAGAGCUUAUUAUUACAUUAUUACUAAAGAAAACUGACAGAUUUACAUUUUAGCAUAGCACUCCUAAAAUUAAGCAUGCUUAAAAGGGCACUUUGGUCCAU